UUUAUUUGCUUAUUUAUUUCAGAAACGGGUUUGUUUGCAGCAUCAGUGUUGUUAUGGCAGACGAGGAGUUCCAGCCCUUCACCUCCGUCACAGACGCUUUGGCUAACAAGAGUUUGGAAGAGGAGUUGCACUGCCCCGUGUGUGAUGAGAUAGUGAAGCAGCCGGUCCUCCUGCCCUGUCAGCACAGUGUGUGUCUGCUGUGUGCUGCUGAUGUGUUGAUACAAAGAGGUUAUCCUCCUCCAGACCUCCCCCCAGAGCCCAGAUCACCGGCCUCCACGCGCUCCCCGCGACAGACCCGCAGACCUGCACCAAGGACCCCGGAGCACCUGGAUCACAUCCUCAGAAUAGCAUGCGGGACGUAUCCAGGGCGACGGUGUAGGGACACGGCCGUCCCCCCCAUGCUGUUCCCCUGUCCUUCCUGUCAGCAGAGCGUCGAGCUGGGAGAGAGAGGCUUGACGGACUGCCUGCGCAACCUCACGCUGGAGCGCAUUGUAGAGAGGUACAGGCACACGCUGAGCCUAGGCAGCGAAGCCAUCAUGUGUGCUUUCUGUAAACCUCCACAGUCUCUGGAGGCCACUAAGGGCUGUGCUGACUGCAAGUCCAACUUCUGCAAUGAAUGUUUCAAACUCUACCACCCGUGGGGAACUCCCCGUGCCCAGCAUGAACAUAUUUUACCCACAAAUAGCUUCCGGCCAAAGGUCCUAACGUGCACAGAGCACGAACAGGAGAGAUUGAUGUGGUACUGCCGAAACUGUCAGAAGUUGCUCUGCCCUCUUUGUAAGAUCCGUCGAGUUCACCAUGGACACAAGGUGUUGCCUAUAGGACAGGCCUACCACUUCCUGAAGGACAAGGUCAACAAAGAAGUCAACUAUAUCCUGGCCAACCAGGAGACAAUACAAAGCCAGAUCACUCAACUGGAAAGUGCUAUCAAACAGAUGGAGGCAAACAGUGUUGUGGCUCUACAGAAACUGAAUCAUUGUAUCCAUGAAAUGGGAUCAGCUGUAGCAGAGCGCCAGGGAAAGUUGACCCUGGCAUUGGAGGAUGCCCACAACAGGAGGGUGGAUGUCCUCUCCACACAAGUAUCAGAACGGCAAGGACUGUUGGAGCACACAGGUCUGAUGGCCUACACCCAGGAGCUACUCAAGGAGACUGAUCCACCGUGCUUUGUACAGGCUGCUCGAGUUACCCACAGCAGGCUGGUGAAAGCCAUAGAAAGCCUCCAGUGUUUCUCUCUCCCUGCUGAACCCUCUUUCGGACACUUUCAUCUAGAUGCAUCCAAGGAGCUCAAGCUCAUCAACAACGUGGACUUCAUACAUGCGCCUCUGGCUCCUGUAAUUGACACUCAGAAGACACUAGCAUACGACCAGCUCUUUCUGUGCUGGCGCCUCCCUCAGGACUCGGCCCCGGCGUGGCACUUCUCUGUUGAGUACCAGAGACAGGCGGGAGGUGCUGGAGCCACAUGGGGCGGCACCAGAUCCCCGACCAGUGCGACAGUGUGGCAGCGCAUCGAUGAUGUGAGAGGAACCAGUGCUGUGAUUGACAGGCUGCAGACCAACAGCGUGUAUGUGCUCAGAGUCCGAGGCUGCAACAAGGCCGGGUUUGGAGACUACAGUGAAGAGAUUUACCUCCACACGCCUCCAGCACCUGUGUUAAAUUUCUCACUGGACUCUCGUUGGGGGCUGCACGCCGACAGGCUGGCACUCGGUAAAGGGCAGACCUACGCCCGCAGUGUGCCUGGAGUCUCUCUUCUGCAGGUUGCAGAUCGUGCACUCACUUCUUGCCAUUUGACCUCUGACCUCUUGGUGGCAGACUUGGCUGUCAGUCAAGGCAGACAUUACUGGGCAUGUUCAGUGGAGCCUGGCUCCUACCUGGUCAAGGUUGGAGUGGGACAGGAAUCGAAACUACAAGAGUGGUUCCGUCUCCCUGAGGACAUGACCAGCCCACGCUGUGACCCAGACAGUGGCCAUGACAGCGAGGCGGAAGAUGGUCAGGACUCUCCUCCCUUCUGUUUCCUCACCAUGGGCAUGGGCAAGAUCCUGCUGCCUCAAGGACAUUGCCAAAAUCAGAGCAAGGGGGAGAGCCAGAGCCUGGGAAGAGUGAACUCCCACAGCAGCAGCAGCAGCCACGCUAACCUGCUCCACUCCCACACCGCCCCUCUGCCCCCACGCCUGGGCGUGUGUCUCGACUGUGAAAAAGGAUGCGUCACCUUCUAUGAUGCCCACUCACUGCGCGUGCUGUGGGAGGGACACGUGGACUGUUCGGUACCUGUGUGUCCGGCCUUCUGCUUCAUAGGAGGGGGGGCCCUGCAACUACAGGAUCUGGUGGCGAAUCGGAACACAGAGGAGCCGCCGCCACGGAGAGUAACCAUUCAGUCACGUGCAACAAACCUCUGUAAAUAAAUCAUAAAGGAGGCAGCGACUCACAGGCACAAUUCACUCAGUCCUCACUUGAAAAUAUUAACAUCUCCUUUGACCUAAUUUUACUAAAUCUAUUACUGCAUUUUUUUUCUUUGUCUUUGAAAAACCUUUAUGUCUACAGUGACUGAACAGAUUUUAGACUAUGCGGAAUUCUGAUACAAUUAGCCAAAUAUACGGUGGCGAAUAAGGGAUUCCAGCACUUACUAAAACAACACUAGCAAAUGUAGAAAACAUUUAUAAAUAUAAA